GGCCGCGCGGCGGCCGGGGGCGCCCUUCGGUGGGGGCCGCGGCUCCCCGCCGCCCGCCCGCCCGCCCGCGCCCCGGCCCCGCCGCCCCCGCGCGCGCCCAUCUCCCCUUUGUGUCCCCGAGCCCCGGAGCCUCGCUCGGCGCCGGCCGGGCCCCGCGGCCUCCGCGCGCGGCCGAUCGCGCGGGCGGCAUUGUGUGGCCGGGCCCGGCGGCCGGGGCGCGCAGGCGGCGCCCGCGCCCUCCCCCUCCCGCGGCGGCGGAGGCGGCGCCCGGGCCCUCUUCCCGCCCGCCGCGGCCCGAGCGGGCCCCGAGUCCCGCGGCCAGCGGGCUCGAGCGCAGCGGCGGGCGGCCGGAGCGCGGGGAGGCGGCGCGGGGAGGCGGCGGCGCGGCGAACAUGGCGACGGUGCCUGUGUACUGCGUCUGCCGGCUCCCCUACGACGUGACCCGCUUCAUGAUCGAGUGCGACGCCUGCAAGGACUGGUUCCACGGCAGCUGUGUUGGGGUGGAAGAGGACGAGGCGCCAGACAUCGACAUAUACCACUGCCCGAACUGUGAGAAAACCCACGGGAAGUCCACUCUGAAAAAGAAGCGGAACUGGCACAAACACGACCCGGGGCAGACGCCAGAUGUCAAGCCGGUGCAGAAUGGCAGCCAGCUCUUCAUCAAGGAGCUGCGGAGCCGGACCUUUCCCAGUGCGGAAGACGUGGUGGUCCGUGUGCCAGGCAGUCAGCUCACACUGGGCUACCUGGAGGAGCAUGGCUUCACCGAGCCCAUCCUCGUCCCCAAGAAAGAUGGGCUGGGCCUGGCUGUCCCGGCCCCCACCUUCUACGUCAGCGACGUUGAGAACUAUGUGGGACCCGAGCGCAGCGUGGACGUGACAGAUGUCACCAAGCAGAAGGAUUGCAAGAUGAAGCUGAAGGAGUUUGUGGACUAUUACUACAGCACCAACCGGAAGCGGGUCCUCAACGUCACCAACCUCGAGUUCUCUGACACCAGAAUGUCCAGCUUCGUGGAACCCCCUGACAUUGUGAAAAAACUGUCUUGGGUAGAAAACUACUGGCCUGAUGAUGCUUUGCUGGCUAAGCCCAAAGUGACCAAGUACUGCCUGAUCUGUGUGAAGGACAGCUACACCGACUUCCACAUCGAUUCAGGAGGUGCCUCUGCCUGGUACCAUGUGCUCAAGGGCGAGAAGAUCUUCUAUCUCAUCAAGCCAGCCUCGGCCAACAUCUCCCUGUAUGAACGCUGGCAAUCAGCCUCCAACCACAGUGAGAUGUUCUUUGCCGACCAGGUGGACAAAUGCUACAAGUGCACCAUCAAACAGGGCCAGACGCUCUUCAUCCCGUCAGGCUGGAUCUACGCCACACUCACCCCUGUGGACUGCCUGGCCUUUGCAGGACAUUUCCUCCACAGCCUGAGCGUGGAGAUGCAGAUGAGAGCUUAUGAAGUGGAAAGAAGGUUGAAACUUGGCAGCCUGACUCAGUUUCCAAACUUCGAAACGGCCUGUUGGUACAUGGGGAAGCAUCUGCUCGAGGCAUUCAGAGGUUCUCACAAAUCUGGGAAGCAGCUGCCGCCUCAUUUAGUCCAAGGAGCUAAAAUUCUCAAUGGUGCUUUCAGAUCAUGGACUAAAAAACAGGCUUUGGCAGAGCACGAGGAUGAGCUCCCGGAGCACUUCAAGCCUGCACAGCUCAUCAAAGACCUUGCCAAAGAGAUCAGGCUCAGCGAGAACGCCUCUAAGGCCGUCCGGCCAGAUGUGAGUGCAGCCGUGUCCUCCGACGAGAUCUGUGAUGUGGACAGGGAGCGGGAAGAGCCUCCCUCGCCCCUCGAAGCCACCCCGCCUCGGUCUGUCCUGGAAAAGGUGUCUAAAAAAAAGACCCCCAAAACUGUGAAGAUGCCCAAGCCAUCUAAAAUUCCCAAGCCCCCCAAGCCCCCGAAACCCCCCAAAACGCUGAAGAUCAAGGACGGGGGCAAGAAGAAAGGGAAGAAGUACAAGGAGACGGCCUCGCCCACCAUCCCCAACCUGGACCUGCUCGAGGCCCACACGAAGGAGGCGCUGACCAAAAUGGAGACGCCCAAGAAGGGCAAGGCUCCAAAGAGCGUUCUGAGCAUGCCCAAUAAGGACCCGGUUAAUAAGCAAAACGACGUGGAGAGGCUGGAAAUCCGCGAGCAAACCAAGAGCAAGUCAGAGGCCAAGUGGAAGUACAAGAACAGCAAACCGGACUCCUUACUGAAAAUGGAGGAGGAGCAGAAGUUGGAAAAGUCUCCGCUGUCAGGAAACAAGGACAACAAAUUUUCAUUUUCCUUCUCUAACAAGAAACUCUUGGGCUCCAAGACUCUCAAGCCCCAGGCGAGCCCUGGUGUGUUCGGGGCCUUGCACAACUUCAAGGAGGACAAACCCAAGCCGGUGCGGGAUGAAUACGAAUACGUGUCAGAUGACGGGGAGCUUAAGAUCGAUGAGUUUCCCAUCAGGAGAAAGAAAAACACAUCAAAAAGGGAUUUAUCUUUCUUGUUGGAUAAGAAAGAGAUUCUCCACACGCCGGUCAAGAAGCCCAAGCUUGAUUCAGUGUUAUACAAGCCCAGUGACGACUCCUCUGAUGAGGGGUCCCUGCACAUUGACACGGAUGCCAAGCCCAGCCGCAACGCCAAAGUCAAGAAGGAGAGCGGGAGCUCGGCGGCAGGGAUCCUGGACCUGCUCCAGGCCAGUGAAGAGGUCGGCGCACUUGAGUAUAACCCCAACAGCCAGCCCCCGGCCUCCCCCAGCACGCAGGAAGCAAUUCAGGGGAUGCUGUCCAUGGCCAACCUGCGGGCCUCCGACUCCUGCCCGCAGGCCGCCUGGGGCGCUGGCCAGGCCCGGGCCAGCUCCCUGGCCGCCCACGGCCCCAGGAAGAGUGCGGGGAGGCGGCUGCUGAAGAGGACCAGGAGCAGCGAGGCCCCGGAUCCCUACGAGGAGGAGCAGGACCACCUGGGCGCCUGCUUCAAGGACUCGGACUACGUCUACCCCUCUCUGGAGUCGGACGACGACAACCCUGUCUUCAAGUCCCGAUCCAAGAAGAGGAAAGGCUCGGAUGACGCCCCGUACAGCCCCACAGCAAGGCUCGGGCCGUCGGUGCCAAGGCAGGACAGGCCGGUGCGCGAGGGGACCAGGGUGGCUUCCAUCGAGACGGGCCUGGCAGCCGCUGCAGCCAAACUCUCCCAGCAGGAGGAGCAGAAAAGCCGGAAGAAAAAGAGCACCAAAAAGAAGCCGACUCCCACCACCUCCCCCACACCCCCGGCCUCCACGUCCUCCACGGCCUCAGCCUCCACCCCCUCAGCGGGCACCGCCUCGGCCAGCAGCCAGGCCUCUCAGGAGAGCAGCUCCCCCGAGCCGCCGCCUGAGGUGCCCAGCAGCAGCCUGGUGGACCACGAGUACACGGCCGGGCCAGGCACCUUGGCAGGGACAGUGGCCGGCCGUGCCUCCCAGCCCAUGGCCCCAGGCGUCUUCCUCACGCAGAGGCGGCCCUCGGCCUCGUCUCCCAACAGCAACAGCAGCGCUGCCAAAGGAAAACGUACCAGAAAAGGCAUGGCCACUGCCAAGCAGAGGCUUGGGAAAAUUUUGAAAAUUCAUCGGAAUGGGAAGCUGCUCCUUUAAAGCUUGGAAAGCCAGGAUCCUCUGCUCCACUCAGGACCCCCCUGGAGCUCUGCUAAAAACAUCAGCCCUGCCUCCUGGAGGACUGUGGCCUUGCUGCCUCAUCCUGGGGAGGGUCUCGCUUCCUCCUGACCACCGUCCCUCCCAGACGAGGAUCCGUACCUUGAGCAGGCAGUGUGCCGAGCACGGCUGUCCCUCGUUGUGAACACAGACGUCCUGCUUUCUCCAGUUGCUGAGAGCGACUGGCUCCCGAAAGGCUGCCCUGCUAGUUGGAGGACCUUGUCGGCUUCGGAACAGUCUCCAGGCCCCUCUGGAGCAUGGGUGUGAUUGCAGGGUUCCUGCAGCUCUGCUGGGACCACGAGUCCUUCAAGGAAGGAAGUGUGAGCCAGAGCUCACCAGGUCCAGAGUCUGAGCUGGUCAUGGGCUGGUAGCCUCCAGAGGCUUAAAAAAAGGCAAAGAACACCAGAGAGAAAGAGAAAAAGAGGGGUGUUUAUUUAUUCCUCUUCUCUUCCAGAGUGACUCUCAGUCAAGUCCAGAGAGCAUGAGGCCCCAAAAGGAGCGGGGCUUCUCCAUCCCCCGGCAGGUGGGAUGGCAGAUGGUUGGUGGGGUUGUGACCGGAAUGCACCGGUGGCAGGGGGCCGUCACGGGGUCCCCGGGGAAGGGCAUGGGCUCAGCCGUGUCUCGGGUCCCCAGGACCCAGGCUAAGCCACGUGGGUGGGCCCUGUCCAGUCCGGAUGGCCAGACUCCUGCAGAAGCACUUCUCAGCCGUGGCCCCCUGCCCUGGACUGGCGUGGCCAGCACAGUGACAGGGCGGCCGAGGACAAAUGGCCUAGACAUUUCUGUCUUUUCACAUGUUAGCAUUUGGUAUCGAGUGCAUGGAAUGUACCGGAACGGUGUGUCCGCCAUCGACAUGGAGGGGCUGGAUUUGUUUCUCAGGCAAUCCUGUAUUUUAAUUUUAGAUGUAUUUCCCGAAGCAUAUUUUUCAUAGAAUGUAGCAUGUAAAUAGCUUUUUAAAUAACUUCUUUUUUAUAAGAGUAAGAGUAUCUUUAGGAAUUUCUUUCUAUAGAGUACUUCAUUAACAUUUAUACAAGUUUUUUGCCAAGUAUGAUAAAUAGUUGGGUUCCAAUGCUUUUUCUCUUUUCUUUUUAUUAUUAUUAUAUUAUUUCCUUUUAGGAACUAAGGUAUUGCCUGAAAAACAAAGUGAUGUGUGUGCAGCCUUACACUCUUUCGAAGCAAACAGUACACAAAAGAUCUCUUUCAGACACAUGUUGAAGACGAGUCUUCAACUCGAAUACCAGCUCUUUGUUUUCCUUCUUGUACGAUGAGGGGGUUGGGGAAGACAGUUAUUUUACUAGCACCUUGUGAAGUGUUUCUGUGUUUUGUGAUGAUGUAAUUUAUUAAUGUUUGUAGCUUUUUAUAUUUGUACAUUUCUUACGAGCUUUGUUUAUAUACCCGUUACCUGGGUGUUACGUCCACAAGAAGAAACAGCUGUACGGAGGCCUUAUCAACUCCCGUCUGUCCCAUCAGGAGGACCAGGUCCCAGGGGCCAGCGGCUGGGCGGGGAGCAUCUCACGGGCUCCCAGACUUCCUCAGAACAGGGGUUUUUAAAGUUUCCUCUCCCCCGUCCUCGUUGAACAUUUAUAUAAUCUAACCCGGGCAUCAAGCUGUUCUCUCUCUCUCUUUCUUUUUUUAUUUUAUUUUAUUAUUAUUAUUUUGGCAACAUGUACAUUUCUAACAAAAUUUAUCGUGGCUAUUAAAGUGUUUUAUUUCCCAAUUCAUAUUACUCUUGUAUUGUCCAUGAGGUCUAAGGCAACUUGGAUCAAAGUUUUAAAGAAGUAAAGCUAUUUCAGGUUUUGUACAGAA